CAAUCUGCGCCGCUGCGCUGCAGCGUAUGCUAUGGAGCUUCCAGGCUCUGCCCAGCGCCAAGCUUGAAUCCACCAGCCUUCGUCGUCCAAGCAAGCGGGUCGCAAACAUAGUAACGGACAUCACAAACGCAGUUACGGACAUCACAAGCGCAAUAACGGCAUCACAAACGCAGUACGGACAUCACAAACGCAACACGCUGCAGCCUCCGCAAAGACCAGACCCCUUCCCUCAACAAUCUUCGAGUCCACACGGCAAUCCCGGCGUUCGAUGAUCGCAGCAGACAGCAGCCGUGGACAUGUUUGACGGCGGCGGCAAGGACAAGGAGAAGUGCGGCGAUGAUGACUGGGUCGGCCCGAGCACCAAGGACACCCAGGUCCAGCUGGUCAUCUCGCUCGCCCUGGGCUUGUCGGCCUUUCUAGCCUUCUGUACCCUCCGCCCGCGGUGGAAGUCGCUCUACGCUGCCCGAAAGCGCCAUGUCAAUUCCGCCAUCGGCCUCCCGGCCCUGCCCGACACCUUCUUCGGCUGGAUCCCCGCUCUCUAUAAGGUCACCGAGCAGCAGGUCCUCGCCUCGGCCGGUCUCGACGCUUUCGUCUUCUUGACCUUCUUCAAAAUGUCCAUCAAGCUGUUCGGCAUCAUGUUCUUCUUCGCAGCCGUCGUGCUCGAGCCCAUCAACCAGCACUUUGUCGACAACAAGAAGAACGCCACAGCCUCGGCCGGCUACUCCAUGUUUAGUCAGUAUCCAACCUACCGCGACUACGCAUCUGCGAGGCUGUUCGACGACGGCGGCGGCGGCGACGACGACCACGACGACAACAGCUUCAACAAGAACAUGGGUUAUCUCUGGUCAUACCUCGUCUUUACGUACUUCUUCACCGGCCUCACUCUGUACUUCAUGAACAGGGAGACCUUCAAGGUCAUUCGAGUGCGCCAGGACUACCUCGGUACCCAGUCAACCAUUACCGACCGGACAUUCCGCCUGUCUGGUAUUCCGAAGGAGCUGAGGACUGAGGAAUCCAUCAAGGACUUGGUCGAGAAGCUCGAGAUUGGAAAAGUCGAGAGCGUUACUAUCUGCCGCAACUGGACCGAAAUCGACGACUUGUUGGACCGCCGACAGACUGUCCUCGCCAAGCUGGAAGAGUCAUGGAACGUUUACCUCGGCCGCAAGCUGUCGCAAACCGCUGAAGGGUACGGCCGCUCAGACAAUGGGAACGGCGGCAGCGACUACAACGCCCGAGACGCCGCUACAGAACCCGAAGCUGUCGACGAGGAAGCAGGAGAAAACGACCAGCUGAUGCGCCUUGGCCCCCAUCGGUUUGGCGAAAGAGAAAGACCCCAGACCAGAUUCUGGUAUGGCUUCCUGCGCCUGCAGAGCCGAAAGACAGACGCUAUCGACUAUUACUCGGAGAAGCUUCGCUUGAUCGAUGAGGAGAUCCGGGCAGACAGGAAGAAGACGUACGAGCCGGCCGACCUCGCCUUUGUGACAAUGGACUCGAUUGCAGCCUGUCAGAUGGCGAUCCAGGCCCUCAUCGACCCACAUCCCGGCCGCCUGUUGACCAAGCCCGCUCCGGCGCCCUCCGAUGUGGUCUGGAGGAACACGUAUGCCCCUCGUCUCCAACGUCGUAUUCAGUCCUGGACCAUUACCAUCUUCGUGGCCAUCCUCUCCGUUGUGUGGCUUGUUCCGGUCGCCGCCUUGGCCUCGGUCCUCAGCCUCUGCACGUUGAAGAACGUUUUCCCAGCCUUUGCUGAUUGGCUCAAGACGCAUGAUAUCGCCAAGGCUCUCGUGCAGACAGGCCUGCCAACCGCCGUCGUGUCGCUUCUCAACGUUGCCGUGCCCUACCUCUACGACUACUUGUCCUACAACCAGGGCAUGCUCUCGCAAGGCGAUGUCGCGCUGUCGGCCAUCAGCAAGAACUUCUUCUUCACCUUCUUCAAUAUCUUUCUCAUCUUUACCGUCUUCGGUGCCGUCACGUCCAUCAUGGACGUCCUACGAAGCAGUCUCAAGGACACCACCUACAUCGCGUACACCAUGGCUCGAAAAAUCGAAGAUCUAAGCGUCUUUUACACAAACUUCAUCAUGCUCCAGGGUCUGGGCCUGUUCCCAUUCCGCCUGCUCGAAUUCGGGAGCGUUGCCCUGUAUCCCAUAUUACGGCUGGGCGCAAAGACUCCGCGCGAUUUUGCGCAGCUGGUCGAGCCCCCCAUGUUCUACUACAGUUUCUACCUCCCCACAGCGUUGCUGGUCUUUAUACUCUGUCUCGUGUACAGCACUCUUCCGAAGGGGUUUCUUGUCCUCGGCCUCGGCGUCGCCUACUUUACCCUUGGCUUCUUCACGUACAAGUACCAGCUCCUCUACGCCAUGGACCAGCCCCAGCACGCCACGGGCGGCGCCUGGCGCAUUAUUUGCUACCGCAUCAUCCUCGGCCUGUUUGUCUUCCAGCUGACCGUCUCCGGAUACCUGGCGCUCCGUUCGGCCUUCACUGUGGCGUUGCUUGUCGUGCCGCUGCUUAUCGGCACCCUUUGGUACAGCUACUCGUUCAGGGCCAAGUUCGAGCCCCUGACCCACUUCAUCUCGCUCCGCAGCAUCAAGCGCGGCCAGGGCCCGGGCGGUGACGCCAUCCUAGACGAAGACCUUGGCGGUGAGGGGGAGAGACAGCGCGAGUUCCUCAGGAGGGGCAGCACUAUCGACGAGGACCGAGAAAAGGGCCUGCGCUUUAUCAACCCGAGUCUCGUCCUACCCCUCGAACAACCGUGGAUCUACCAAGAUCCCCCGCCCCCGCAGUCAGACUCGGACGCUAGCGACGGCCUGGAGUUUGAUGUCCGCGGCAGCGAGCGCGAAUACGAGCCCCAACAAUCACCGCCCUCCCUUGGCUCGAGAAGCGCUCGCCCCGGUACCGCUGGACGUGGCGGUGAGACUAGUAGUGCCUCGUCAACAAGUUUAGGAGAUACCCAUGUUUGGAGGGAGUAAUUGGCUUGUCGGUGGCAUUGGGCUGGUGUUUUUCUUUUGCGUAUUCCUGGGUCUGCCCUUUCGUCUUCGCCUUUGGCAGGCAUUGUAUCGAGGUGGUAUUUUAUCUCUGGCAUUGAGCGAGC